AUUCCACCCUUUUUGUUUUCCAAAACUAUUUUUUAUCUUUUUCUAUUCAAUUUUAUUUAUUGUAUUAAAAUUUCACUCAAAACCCUAUCUUUUCUCGGAGCUCUAUAUUUUCUCGGCAAACAGACAAAGUUCUUAGAAAAGAUUUUCCCAGGGUUCCAAAGUGCUUGGCACAACUUGAUCCCAUCAUACCAAUUCUAUAAAGUGCAAUGGCUGUUUCAUCUUCGCUUUUUACAUCUUCGUUACAGGGGAGUAUGGUUACUCCCAAAACAUUAAAAUGCUGCAAAGAGUUUAAGUGCAGUCCUUCAAAUCUUUCCUUCCAACAAUCAAGAAACACCAAGUCAAUGCACCUGACACAUUUGGGGCUAUUACCCAGCAGGAAAUUAUCAAGAUGGGAACAAACUGACAGAUUCUCAUCAAAGGACAGAUUCCAGUGCCGUGCAAUUGAAGUUGAAAAUGCACCUUCAUUUUCAGUAGGGAAGAAGUUUCAACUUGAUGAUAUCAUUGAAGCUCAGCAAUUUGAUAGGGAUACUCUCAGUGCUAUAUUUGAAGUUGCCCGUGAGAUGGAGAAGAUUGAAAAGAAUUCUCCUGGGAGCCAAAUUCUUAAGGGUUAUCUUAUGGCUACUCUGUUUUAUGAGCCUUCCACUAGAACUAGGCUUUCAUUUGAGUCUGCCAUGAAAAGGUUAGGUGGGGAAGUUUUGACAACGGAAAAUGCACGGGAGUUUUCAUCCGCAGCUAAAGGAGAAACACUUGAAGAUACUAUAAGAACUGUUGAGGGUUACUCAGAUAUAAUUGUUAUGCGGCACUUUGAAAGUGGUGCUGCCAGAAGAGCGGCAGCCACGGCUAGCAUUCCUGUUAUUAAUGCCGGGGAUGGUCCUGGGCAGCAUCCUUCACAGGCUCUCUUGGAUGUCUAUACCAUUGAAAGAGAGGUAGGAAAACUGGAUGGCAUCAAAGUUGGGCUAGUGGGUGAUCUUGCCAAUGGAAGGACUGUCCGCUCCCUUGCUUACUUGCUAACCAAGUACCAAGAUGUGAAGAUCUACUUUGUCUCUCCCGAUGUGGUAAAAAUGAAGGAUGAUAUUAAAGACUAUUUGACAUCUAAGGGAGUGGAAUGGGAAGAAAGUGCUGAUUUGAUGGAAGUGGCUUCCAAGUGUGAUGUAGUGUAUCAAACUCGUAUUCAGAAAGAAAGGUUUGGAGAGAGAAUUGACCUUUAUGAAGCAGCUCGAGGCAAGUUUAUUGUGGAUCGGGAUGUCUUGGAUAUUAUGCAGAAGCAUGCUGUGGUCAUGCAUCCUCUCCCCAGGCUUGAUGAGAUUACUGUGGAUGUUGAUAGGGAUCCAAGGGCUGCUUAUUUUAGGCAAGCAAAGAAUGGUCUCUAUAUUCGGAUGGCUCUUUUGAAACUCUUGCUUGUUGGGUGGUGAAGACUGAAGAAGAUGCCUUCAUCUUCACACUCAAAUUUUGACAUAAAAGCUUGUUUUGCUUAGUUCAAUCAUGUUUGGAAAAGUUAUGAUAAUUGAAACUGCGAGAAUGGAUCGAGUUUGAAUGAUGUGCGAGAUCUGAAUUAAGGUUUGACUAUUAGGUUUUGAGAAAAAAUCUUGCAUGGGCAUCCAUGUGCUUCGAGAAUUA